UGUGACUUCAAUCAAUUUUUACUUACGUUCGAUACUACAAUUUUAUAACUAAAUAAUGCGAUUUUGUUGUUUUAAAGACUAAUUACCGUUACAAAUCAUGUUAGUGUGACUCUGAAAUUAUCAACUAUGACACGUGAAGGAAGUUGAUGGGUAUUCUACCCUAGUGUUGGUUCUCUCUGCUUAUUAUAAAAUAAUAAAAUUUUCCACGUAGAAUAAAAUGAAUAACAACGGAGGAGGAGCUGGAGGUGGAGUGGGGAUAGCAGGAGGUCCAUAUGAGACCAAAAUUGCUGGGUUGUAUGACCUCCUGGAUACCCUUGGUUCCGGCCACUUUGCUGUGGUGAAGUUGGCUCGGCAUGUCUUCACUGGAGAAAAAGUUGCAGUAAAAGUUAUAGACAAGAGCAAGUUAGAUGAUGUUUCUACAUCACAUUUAUUUCAAGAGGUUCACUGCAUGAAAUUAGUCCAACAUCCCAACGUAGUAAGGCUGUACGAAGUAAUAAACACACAAACCAAGCUAUACCUGAUCCUAGAACUGGGCGAUGGUGGCGACCUCUACGACUACAUCAUGCGGCACGAGUCCGGCUUGUCCGAGUCCCUCGCCCGCAAUUACUUCAGACAAAUAGUUCGCGCAAUCUCAUACUGCCACAGGUUACACGUCGUCCACCGAGACCUGAAACCUGAAAACGUAGUGUUCUUCGAAAGAUUAGGUGUAGUGAAAUUGACUGACUUUGGUUUUAGCAAUAAAUUUUGUCCCGGACAAAAACUAGAGACUUCCUGUGGUUCCUUAGCGUAUUCAGCUCCUGAGAUUCUGUUAGGGGAUUCGUACGACGCGCCCGCCGUGGACGUGUGGUCGCUCGGGGUCAUACUUUACAUGCUCGUGUGCGGGCAAGCUCCAUUCCAAGAAGCCAACGACAGUGAAACGCUGACGAUGAUCAUGGACUGUAAAUACACAAUUCCACCGCAUAUAUCAACAGGUUGUAAAAAACUAAUCGGUCGCAUGUUAGUCCGCGAGCCAGAGAAACGCGCUACGCUAGCGGAGAUCUCCGCCGACCCCUGGGUGACGGGCGGCGAAUCAGCUCCCUCACAAGAGUGUGACACCCCGCUUGUCGCUAGGGAACAAUUGUCUGAGGAAGACCGCGCGACUAUCAUGCAAAGAAUGGCGAGCGUUGCGACCAAAGAGCAAAUACUUGAGGCGCUGGAGAAGAAUGAAUAUAAUCAUAUAACUGCUACUUACUAUUUGCUAGCUGAGAGGAAGCUUAGAGCUAAAAGGCAAGAAGAAAACUUGGCGCGAAGGCCCGAGGUGCUAACCGUGUCUCGAGGAGGGUCACGAUCAAACAAUCUGCUGGCGCCGCCGCCGCUGCCCACCGCGCCUCGCACGCCGCAGGACGCUCCACCCAGGUCACGCAAGUGCAGCAUAGUCCGCGAGGAGGAAGACGACGAGGAGAGCGGGCCGGGCGCGCGCGCCGCGGACGCGCGCCGCGGCUCGCGCUCCGAGGGCCGCCUGCGCCUCGCGCGCCCGCCCGCCGCGCUCGCCGUCACGCUCACCCGGGUGAAUCUAGAAGAUAACGCAACGGAACCGCCCGCGGCGGCGGCGUCCGCGGAGAGCUCAGAGGCGACGGCGGCGGAGAGCGCCUCGGCGCCGGGCCGCGUGCCGCCCGCGCCGCCGCCCCUGCGCCGCCAGCGUCUCGACGUGCGCCGCCGCCGUCCGCGCGCCGGCUCCUGCUCCUCCUCCGACCUCUCCGACGACGACUCCGAGAAGAAGAAGCGCGCCGCCGAGCAGCACGACGCGCCGCCCUCGCGCGCGCGCCGCGACUCCCACGACGACUCCAGCGACAGUCAGGAGCGCGGCGCGGGCGGCGGAGGGCCCGGCGCACGCCCCGCAGCCCGCGCCGCGCUGGCGGGCGCGCCGGGAGCAGGCGCCGCGACCGGCUCCGGCGGCGGCGCGGCCGGCGACGCGCGCUCGCAGGGCGGCGCCGGUGCCGGCGCCGGCACGGGGCGGCGGCGGCGCGCGGCGCGCAAGGAGUCGCGGCUGCGGGAGUCGCGCUCGCUCAACCGCAUCGCCGAGGUGGAGGAGGCGGCGGCGGCGCGCUGGGCGGGCGCGGGCGGGCUGGUGGCGUUCUGCGGGCGGCCGCUGCUGCGCCUGCUGGCGGCGGCGCGCCCGCAGCCGCAGCAGCGCCGCCUGCACGGGCUGUGCUAGCGCCGCCGCCGCCGUCGCCGGUGCGAGUCGGAUGAGCCGUCUCCUCGCGGUGAUGGCGCUCGAGGCGCCGGCGGGCCGGCUCUCGGAGUGUCCGUUCGCACCGAGUUCUCGAGUCUGACGGCCGCGGAGCUCCCCGCGUCGACUCGCCGCGGCCGAUACGACGACCGUUCGUGUCGCUCGUGCCGCCCGUCGCUCCGCGUACCGCCAAAAGAUAGUUCUAGUUUAGGAAGUUUUAGUUUAAUAUGAUGAUUGUCCGGUGCGGAACUGCCGUCUCGAACGAAGCAAUAAAUAAAACUUUAUAUUUAAUUAAUUUCAAUUGUGCAUCCCGGUAGCGUUGUCGACUUAGUGAAUGUGAUCGAUGCGUUGCUAUUUGUUACACAUAUCGAAACUUGUUGAAAAGAUUUCUUUACGCUGGGACGAAUAUGAUUACGUGAUGCUGAUGAUGAGUGAGAGAAAUUUAUAUGUUCGGUCGGCUCCUCGCCGCUCGGGAUAGAGCGGUAGCGUUGUUCAUUUUGUUUCCGGUAACCCCGACGUAACGAAACAUUUCCUAUUUUAACUAAGACGGUUCAUAGGUAAACAGGGUUACUCCAUUUCAUUUCACGGGUAGGAAUUGAACCUCAUCGUCAUCACAUGGAAAAAGUACUGACAAUUCAUAAAAGAUAUGUUGAGCAUAAACGUAGACCAAUAUUCCAAGGUGAAAUUAUGACUCGCUCGUAGAAUUACGAUCGUUUUUAUCUUUUAGAAUAUCUUCAACUUCCGUAAUCUGUUGGUUGCUAGUUUGUUUAGUAAGAAACUGUGGCAUUUCCUACAUGUUAGUUAAAUUAGACGUGUUUUCUGUUAGGUUGAUUGGUUUUGUAAAUUGUAUGUGUCUUAAAAUGGGAAUGUUAACUAUGAAAAAAUGUUUAAUGUAUAACAUGCUAUCUGUGUACAUAAAUAUUAAAUUGUUGUAAAUAAAUAAAUAGUCUAUUUCAAAUAUAACGUUAAAUUAAGUAAGUACAGAUAAUUUUGUUCAGUUUGGUGGAACGUUAUGGUUUUAUUACAAAGCUCAAGUUCGACUUGGGUCUCUAUGGUUGGAGUACAAACAUUUGGACAUUUUGUUUAAAAAUUUCGAUGUGUCACAAAAAGAAAAUAUUUAUUUUAUCUUUUAGUAGAACUUUUUAUGGUUAUCUAGCAGUUAGCAAUUGUCCAGUUUUUUGAACUCCGCCAUCAAAUGAACGGGUCACGGCUCGCGAGCCGCUAUUAACAUGUUCCGAUAUGUUUAGCUCGCAGUGAUAUCAGGUUCAGUGUACCUCUAAAUACCCGCUAGGGUGAUUGCUAUAGUUAUGACUGACCAAUAAUUACGGUAUCGACCAAUAACUAUAGCGAUUAAAUCGCCCUAUAUGGUGCAUUUCUAGUUUUCCGAUAUUUAGCAUUGUUUCACCCUUGCAUUUCCAUUGCGAGUUGAACAUAACGUAUAAAGUUUUUUAUAGUUAUGGGUCCAAAAUUUUAGACGUCGCAUUGUGGAAAAAAUAGAAACUAAAAACGCAUUGCAUACACUAAAAUGUAUCUAAAAUAACAUUUCUCAUCUACAUAAUUAAAACACAGAGGGUUGUCAAAGAAAUGUUAAUAUUUUGAUUCAUAUGAUAAAAGAUGUUGAAAUUUGAACUUAUUCGGAGCUGUUAAUAAAGUUGAAUAUUAUUACUGCCUUAUAUGUAUCUUUAUCCAGUGGAAAGCUAAAUGUGCCUAGGUAAAUUUAACCCUUCGUCUGUGUUUGAUAAGGAUCCUAAUCCUAACAUAUGGCGUUGGACUUUUAAAAAAUACCUCAAAGUUAAUUAUUUUAUGUCAAUUUUUUGACAGAAACAGACGACGGGUUAAGUAUAUUUUUCCAUCAUGCGACUCAAACACUUUGAUCUGACCCUUAUAUUGUUUUGGUAAUUCGUUUUUAAGAGUUGUAAUAAGAUGUCAUCAUGUGUGCUAACGGUAACUUUAAUUUACCUAUUUACAUACAAUGCUCUACAUUUUGCGGCUUGCUAGGUGGACUUAGAAGUAUGAAAAUUUUACUUCUGUGUACCUUACGGGUGCUUUGAUAACAUGAUAAUGCAAUAAAAUAACAAGACCAAAGAUUAACAAAUUGUUUGUUAUACUAACGACACUUUGUCCUGGUUGGUGCCAACGUCUAUACAAUUUACGAUUUAUUUAAAUCUUUCAUAAAUAAUGUACUUUGAGAUUGGAUUUUUUAUUGGUGCUUGUUAUUUUAACUCUAUGCAGGACAUUUUUAAGAUGAUUUUUAAAUGUAAAAUAAACUAAAUUCUAUAUAUAGAAAAUGCAAUGAUGUGAAGGAGUGUAUUUAAUCGAAUUAUACGUACCUAUAUCUACUACUUAAAUACAUAAGAUUCACUAGCGCCAUGAACAAAAUCACUAACAUACUCAUUAUUACAUUAACUUGUGGUUUGCUGUGAAGUUCUGAAUGCCUUACGAUUAUUUCAUGUCGAUGUACGAUUGCGUAAUUUAUUGGCUGAUUCAUCAAAUAUAGUGUUUCUCUUUGAUAAGCUUUUGAUUGCACUUUAUUCUCAUAUCAUAGAUGACAUAGGAGCGUCGGAAUAGCGGCCCCUGCCGCCUGGCGGGGUCGCAGCAUUGGUGUCGUGGUACCUAUACGUGUGUAGUACCUAGUGGCAGUUUGGGAACGCUAAGUGCUUGACUACUAUAUCUUGUUUCUGCACGCAUUGUAAAUCUUAUUUAUAUUUCUAUAUAUUAUUUCCCGAUUUCUGAAUUAUUUACGUAUAUUUUUCUACAGUUUAAAUUAUAAAGCUCAUUUUCAAAGUUAUUUAUUGCAUAUACAUUAUAUGUAUGGUAUUUUCUCAUUAUCGAAGCAAUUAUUAAAAAAACAAUGGGGUUUUCAGUGCAAUAAUACAGAUAUUAUCCGAGCUUUGAAUUUAUACAUUUAUAUUAAAUUUAUACGAGUGGAUAGCUAAGGCGUUUUAAACUGAUAUUCUAAUAACUGUGUACCUGGUUGCCAUCUGUAUUUGGCGUUAAUUAAGCUUUUGCAAAUUGUCCACGACUUGUAGUUCAUAGGUCUUGUAUGUAUUUAUGUAUCAGUAAAUUUAUCAUAAUACGAUUAAGUUUUAUUUGUAGUUAUUUGCGGGAUUAUUCUAUAGUAUAUCUGAUUUCACUUCAAGGGCGAAAUCGUGUAUAACCCUCCACUCCUGAAUCCCGAAUAUGAUUUCUGAUAAUUAAAUACCUCUACAAAUAAAUUAAAACGUCUAAACUUCCAUAUUACAAAUGUAGCUUUAAUUUACUUAAGGAUCCUCUUGGAGGGAUAUAAAUGACCGCCCUCUCAUAUAGUUUUCUUGCCAGAGGCCCUUUUAGAAAAAAAUAAUUUGCAGUAUUGUGUGUAAUAUUAUUUAUUAAAUGUAUUUGUGUCGAA